GUCCAGCAGCGGCGGCGGCGGGGGCGGCGGCGGCGGCGACGGCGGCUCUGGCGACGGCGAGAGCAGUGCGAGCGCAGGUGCCGGCAGUGACUCGGGCUCCAUCCUCAGCCUGGUGACUCCCCUGCUCGGGUCGAGCAGCGGCGGCUCAGUGAGUACCCGCUCUGGAGAGUGGCUCGGCCACGACGCCACCAGGAGGACGACGCGGUCCUUCUCCUCUUCUCCUCUUCUCCUUUCCUCCCCGCAUGCAGCAUGCACUACUAACGCUACUGAAUAACUCGAUCCAGGGCUGCUUCGCUCUGUAAGGGCGCGCGUCACCAACCUCGAAAGUAAACUUGGCGUGAGUGAAUUUCUUUUUCAGGGCGCGGCGAGAGCGCGCCGCGAGCAGGACUGGCUCUUUCUGCAGCAGCAGCAGCAGCAGCAGCAGCAGCAGCAGCAGCAGCAGCAGCAGCAGCAGCAGCAGCAGCAGCAGCAGCAGCAGCAGCAGCAGCAGCAAGAGCGGCAGCGACGCAGGCGGCGGAGACAGACCGGGGCUGACCCGGGCGCCUUGCAGCCCCUGCAGCCCAUCGCGUUCACAGCGCCCCAGAUGGCCAUGGGUGGCGGGGCCGGGGGCAGCAACUCGGGCGCCAUCCUGGGCCUGGUCGGGCCCCUGCUCACCUCGCUCCUCCCCGCGCUGCUGCCGCUCCUCGCGUCCAGCGUCGGGCCCUUAAGCGGCUCCCUCAGCAACUCGGGAGGUGGUGGUGGCGGCGGCGGCGGCGGCGGCGGCAGCGGGUCCAGCUCCAUCCUCGGCCUCCUCGCCCCGCUCCUUGGCUCGAGCAGCGGGCCGAAUAUGGGCGGUGGUGACGGCUCUGGCUCCAUCGUGAGUUUGAUCGGCACGCUGGUGGGCUCGAGCAGCGGGGGCGGCGAGGCCGGGGGGACGGCCAAGGGCUCCGAAGACGGCGAGGAGGGAGGCGGCGGCGGCAGCGACCUGCAGGCGGUGCUCGGCACCGUGCUGCCCAUCAUCGGCUCGCUGAGCGGCAUCGGUAACCGCGAGCCACCAGAUCUAUCGGGCGCGCUGCAGCUCCUGCCGCAGAUCCUCGCCAGCCUGUCCGGGCGCGCAGAGCCGGGCGAGGAGCCCCUGGAGAUCGGCACGCUGCUCCAGCUGGCCGAGCCGCUGCUGGAGGGCAUAUCCGGGGGCGAUGACGACGAAGAGGAGGGCGGAGAGGGCGGCGGCGGGGGAAGCAACGUCGGCGCGGUGCUGACGGCCCUCACGCCUCUCGUCGGGCUCUUGAGCGGGGUGUCCACGGGGCUCUCCGGACCAGGUGGACCCUCAGUAAGCGGAGACGGGGCGUACUCAACGAGAUGUUUAUUAUCUGCCAUGAUACUUAUAAUUUUACCUUUGCAUUGCGUGUCUGUGUACGCUACAUGCCAUGCGAAUGGCAGAGAAUAAUCUUUAUUUUUUCAGCAAGGUCUUUUGUUUUAGAAGGCUAUAAUGUUUCAAUUUAGGCCUAAAAGUAAGCGUUACGCCGACCGGUAAGUAUGGAGAUGGCUCGCAGCCUCUCUGUCAGUGACGCUUCUUGCCCGGGGUCCUCCGCAGGACGGAAUGGCAGAAGCCUAACCCCUACACUAACUGCUCGAUAGUUUUAAGACCAAUUCACUAACAUGCUGCCGCAAAAUAACAAAUCUGUUCGAAGCAUGCAAUGCUACACGGUUUUUGUUUUCCGGGAAUAUUUUUCCACUAACAGAUGAAAUUGCCUUGGUGGCACAAUGUACUGUAUCUCAUUCUGUUUGUAAAUAUUUCUGAUUUUUCAAACUGUAUAUAAUUCCUUGUAUAUAUAUUCCCAGACCCUUUCCUGUACAUAUGAUCUUGUAUUAUAGUACUGUACAUAGCCGACGUAUACUUUGAUAAGACUGUAAAUAGGGCGACACGUGGGCGUAGUUUGUCAUUAUUAUUAGCAUUUUUGAUUCAAGCAUGGCGUUUGUAAACUAUUAGUUUUUGUGGAAAAUUUUGCAUACGAAACUCAGUUUUUUCCGACCAUUUUAUUUGGUCGGAUUAAGCGCUUGUCGCCACUCGACCUCUGCUAACCCCGGCGGCUGCUUCCACACAGGGCGGCGGCGGCGGCGGCGAUGGUGAGGCCUCAGCGGGCGGCGGCGGCGGUAGCGACUCCGGCUCCAUCCUGGGGCUCGUGACGCCUCUCCUGGGCUCCAGCAGUGGCGGCAGCGGAGGCGGCGGCGGAGGGCAGCGGCGGCGGUAGCGGGGGCGGCGGCGGCGGUGGCCAGGGCAACCAACUCAACGAGAAGCUGAGGAUCCUCACGGACGGCGUCGGCCUGCUGCUCAGGGUCAAGGGCCUCAUCUUCCGGAAG